AUGCGGCUCCUGCUCCCGCGGCCGCCAAGCGAGCGAGUCGACGCGAUCACCGCGAUGCUCGAGACGGCGAGCGAGGAGGAGAAGCCGGCGCUGCUCCUCGCUCGCGCGGAGUUUGUCAAGCAGAUGGUCUCGAUCCGGCUCGGCGGGAGCGGCACACGCGGCAUCACGCAGAAGCUGCUCGAGGCCGAGGCCGGCUGCCGCAUCGCCGUGCGGGGCAAGGGCUCGAGCCGCACGAAGAUGCUCUUCGGCGGGGACGACGAGGAGCAGCAGCCGCGCCGAGGCAUCCUCUCCUCGGAGGAAGAGCCGUGCCACGUCGUGAUCCGCGGGCCGACUGGCGCGGCGGUCGCGCUGGCCGCGGCUCGCUUCGCGCCUCCGCGGCGAGGUGGUGCCGAGGGCUGGUCGUCGGUGGCAAAGACGAAGGCGCUGCUCGACAUCCUCCUCGACUUCAAGCUGCUGACGGGCGGGGCACGCGCAGCUCCUCCCGCUGUCGGGCUGGGCCCGCUCGGAGGAGAGAGGCUGCUGAUGGCGGAGCUGGGCGAGCUGGGAGCAGGGACCGAGCCGCCGCCCGCCGAGCCGCCGCCGCCUUGGGCGGAGCUCGGGCGGCAGCAGGAGCUGGAGCGGCAGGCGCCUGGGCGUACCCGCCACCAGGGGCUUACGGGUACCCCGCCAUGCACGGGUACCCUCGGCUCACGGCCGCAAUGA